AUGCGGGUGACAAGUGCGUCGACAUCACGUGUCAGUGAUGGCGACGGAUGCACGACUGGCACCAUCCAAGACCACCCUUCACUGUCUUCAGUCGCCGAUCGACUACGUACGAGUAUGGCAGAGACUGCGCGACUAUUGGCGGACUUUGAGCAGGACUUCGAAGACGGUGGCGCGUUCGACUGGACCAUCUACGAGAAAUGCUGUCGCCAACUGGUCGCUUUUAUAGUGACACACAUGGAAACCUCGCGAUACUUUGUGCAGCAGAUGGAGCAAGUGAUUCGAGCAAGUUACGCGAGCACCAGCGGAUGGACGACGUUCAGGUCCACGGGGACGGAAGAGCUGUGGCUCCGAUAUAAAGUCGAGGCUGACGCUCAAGUUCCAGUAGGGUCAAGCUCUCCAUUUCAUCGGAGAUCAACGCCUGAGACACCCGUGGCUGGGAACAAUGCAGUGGCUGUGACUCCGCUUUUGGGUGCCAAUGCCACUGCUGCUGGAUUGAGAACGACGUGCUCCCCACACGUGGAUUCAUCAGUAUCGACCUCUUCGUUGGUAGAAAGAGGAGGCAGAAGGCAUCCAAAGACUCGUAGGCUGAUCCCGCGCCGAGGAUUGAAACGACCGCACUACAUCGUCGCGCGAAACUUGUACAGUGCAGGAAAGCUAGACUGCGAGGAGAAGGACGGGCUUGGUGACAGGGAGCUGGUAGAAAGCACAAAGGAAGACGAGACUGAACCAGAGCAGGAGAUAGAGGUGCUGAGCGAACUUCCUGAGAACUUACGAUCUGGUCAGCAAAUGGGCGAUAUCUUCGUGCAAAGUGGAAGGAGUGGUGAUGACGGACUCGCGUGGCCUUGCGCUGGUGCUGGUCCAUUGGAGCGAAGUUCUGCGUUUGUAAAGCGCUUGAAGACGGCUGUAGAGCUGGUCGAUGCAGGAAAUUGCUGUCCGCCUCCGGGAAUGAAGUGUGCGCAGAAGUGUGCAAGUAUUCGCGCUGGGAUGUGUCAGGUUCAUCGCAGACGACGGGGUGGUGCAGGCGUGUGUCAUGAUAAGGCAUGCUGCAUUUGGCGUGAUAUCGACUCUCACUUCGUGCGCUGUCGGAACACGGACUGCGAGUUUAAAAACCGUGUUGGCUUGCGCCAAGCGAUGCACGAUAUAUUUCAGAAUGAACUAAAGCUCAAGGUGACAAGCGAUAAACUGGUAGCUGCUAAGACGAUGACCAGCUGCACUGCCGACGCUCAACCUGAUCAGUCGGGGACUACCUCGCCUUCUCAGAUUGAGGGUAACAUCAAGAAGCUGGAGGAAGACUGUGCCAAGCUAGAAGACACGAUUUCGCUUCACAAAGAACGAGAACGCGCCUUUGAGUUUGACCUGAAUGCUCUCGAUAUCCCUCCUGCAAACUGCGAGUCUGAACACUUGCCAGACUUUCAUCGCCAUUACGUCAUGAAGAGACCAAGAGAAUAUAUGCAGGAGAUGGGAUAA